AUGGGUUCAGUUAUAACCAAAGAAACAAUACUCCAGGACAAUGUAUAUUUGAAGAAGUUGAGUGGCUUGGAGCCUGUAGAUGACUACGAUCCUUUUUGGAACAAACUACUUUCAUUUAGUUUGAAGUUUGACGAUGAUGAUGAAAAGACUCGAAUUGCAUUGGAAUCCGCACUAGACGACCAUUUACAGUGUCUUAUGUACAACACACAAACGACUGGGAAUUUCGCGGCGUUCAUUCGUCUUUUUCUUCGAAGAGCAACUGAGCUAAAAACAUCAGAACAGUGUGAAAACGAGAAUUCCUGCUUCAGUAAGAUAUAUUUAUGGCAAACGUCAAAUGCUCUCCUGAUCCUUCGUUACAUCGCCAGAUUUUUGACACAAAGAAUGACAGAAAAAGAAUUUGUGAGGAUAUUUGCGAAAAAUCAGGAAAACGAACGCACCGAGUCUUCUUCUACAUCGUCUUCAGAUGACGAAGAUGACGAUGAUGCUCAACAAACGGAAGGAAGUGAUAAUAACAACGGAGAAACCAAAGAAGCUCAAAUAGUGUUCCAAAAUACAGCAGAAGAAUUCACAUAUGAGCUGGUAUCAAUCUUAUUCAACAUAUCAGUCAACGAUACAACACUGGCGAUUCACGUAGAAGCAGUUCGAUGUCUUCUGACUCUUCUGAGCUCGCAACUGUACAAUGAAUCAAUUGUAAACACAUCAAUCGUUUUCCGAUUUUUCAUCGAUGGAGCAUGCGCCCAACAUGCUGCAAAGCUCACCAAAACUCUUCUUCUGAACUAUCUUAUUCACAACUCUGAGUAUCACAUGACAGUGGCAAAACCACAGGAAAGCAUAGUUUUCGGACUGGCUUCCUCAAUGUGGUCAAUGGUGCAAAUGGCGACAGGAUUAGAUAGUGCAGAAGAAGACAAUAAACCACCACUAACACUUGGAAAUCUGUGUAUACUGCUGCUUCUGAAUCUAUCUUGUCAUCAACCUGUAAACGCUUCGAAUCCAUUCAAAGAAACACUUGCUCUGUUUCAAAAUGCUCAAGAAGUAUCCACACUUCCUACUCAAGUGAUUUCAUUCAAAAUUGAUUACAAUGGACUCUACGAAAGAUUAUGUGCCACCGCUGGGCAGGAACCUCCAAUGCUUCUCCUGUAUAUGCUCCUCCAAGCCAACUCUGGAUUCAGAAACUACGUUCUCUCCCGAAUCAAUCUAGAAAAUCUCGUUGUUCCAGUCCUCCGUAUUCUGCAUGAUGGAGUUGCGACUUCGAACAAUUCACAUCAUGUCUAUCUGGCAUUGAUUGUUGCUUUGAUUCUCAGUGAAGAUGAUAUAUUCUGCAAGAUCAUUCAUGAAACGGUACCGAUCAAAGAUCUAGGAUGGCUUGAUAGUGACUUCAGCGUCCGCGAAAUUUCACUCGGAGGACUCACAGCUCUCGUUUUCAUCCGAGCUAUUCAAAAAAAUGCGUUGAAGACAAAAGUAAGUAGUGUAUUUUUAUUUCCAAACACAAUCCCCCUUAUAAAACAGGAUCGAUAUCUUCAUACGAACUGUCUUGCUGCUCUUGCAAACAUGUCUGCAUUCUUCAAAAAUCUUGCUCCAAUUGUGUGCCAGCGGCUAAUAUCUCUUUUGGAUCUUCUAACAAAACGUCAUGCAAAAAUGGUGGAUCAUAUGAGAGUCAGCAGUCAGAAUGAUGUUGCUGGUGGUCAGCCGAUCAACUUCCACGACGACAUUACUGCCUUGGAAGAAGGAAUUCGUACACUUUUGGAGAUCAUUAACAGCGCCCUCUGCGGUGGACUACGCCAUAACACACAUCUCAUUUACAAUCUUCUCUAUCAUCGUGCUCUAUUCGACGCAUAUGUUCAGCAUCCGAUGUUUCAGGAUUUGCUUGUAAACAUUGCUGCAGUGAUUUCCCAUUUCUCUUCAAAAGUCGUUCAUGUUCCUGCCGGGGAUGGAAUGACAAUGAUGCAAAUUAUCGAAAAGGAAGCAAACGUUUGGCCAACCGAUAAGCUGGCGAAAUUUCCGGAGCUCAAAUUCCGAUAUGUGGAGGACGAGUAUACUGUAGAUUUCUUCGUGCCAUAUGUCUGGAGACUAUCUGUUCAACAUUCGGGAAUUCAUUUCGAAACUUCUAGAAUCAAAAUUUUCAAAGCGCAAAGUAUUGCUUGA